UGAAAAUAGAAAGUGGAACACUAGGGCAUUUAGCAAAUUCCUGAAGCUUCAUAAAAUUACACCUAAAAUAUUAAGAAAAAUAGGAGAUAAGCAUGCUUGCAGAGCCCAUGGCGAACCAAACCCAACUCAUCAGCAUCUUGAUCUUUUUAACAGAAUAGCAUUGAGAUAUAAGAUUGUUCAUCUAGAUGCAGGAAAGAAUUACGCUAUAGGUGAUACAGAAUCAGAGAAGUCUGACUUCGAACCAGAGACAAGCGAUAGUUCAAAACCUUAA